CUGCACACAGGGCGGCAGGUGAGGGACACGCAGGAGGAGGACCUGUAGCAGGACGAGGUGCAGGAGGAAGGUCGAUAGCAGGAUGAGAGAUCUGCGCCCCCUGGACAUCCUGGCAGAGGCGGUCCCUCCGAAUGGCGCUGAGAGCGGCAUCAGCGUGACACGGGUUCAAGGAGCGCUGGGACUCCAGCUCUCCAGCCCCCAUGCCAUGAGCUUCCCUGCUUCGAGGAUUUUCGUCAGAUGUGACCUCUUCCCUGAAGAAUUUUCCAUCGUUGUAACCUUGAAAGCUCCCCCUCUCCCCCCUAAGAAGAAUGAGUACCUGUUCACGGUGGUGGCGGAGGGGCCCGAUGCGCUGCUGCUGGGCCUGCGGUACUCACCCACCCGGCUGCACUUUCUUCCUCAGCCAGGACUCGGCGGCGCCUGGCAGACCCGAGUGUCCUUCCACAGCCCGACACUGGCACGUCCCGCGCGGCACCGCUCUGUCCUUUUCUACACUAAUGGCCUGCACUGCCGCUCUCCCGCGGCUAAACCCCCACCCACUGUUUUCAGAACUGCCGAUGUGCCCUUCCCAGCCGCCCUAUCGGUGCAAGGAGCCCGCUUCUUCAUCGGCAGCCGGAGGAGGACCAAAGGCCUGUUCACGGGCCUGGUCAGGCAGCUGGUCCUGCUGCCCGGCUCCGACGCCACUCCCAGGCUGUGUCCCUGCAGGAAUGCGGAGCUCGUGCUGUCCAUCCCCCCAAUCCUGCAGGGUCUCACGGGGAAGCCAGAGGACAAUGAGGUGCUGAAAUAUCCCUAUGAAACCGACAUGAAGGUGACGCUGGGAUCCCGGCCUCCGUGCACCAAAGUGGAGGAUGCCCAGUUCUGGUUUGACGCCGGGCAGAGGGGGCUGUACCUGUGCGUGGGCAGCGAGUGGGUCUCCGUGCUGGCAGCCAAAGAGAGGCUGGACUACGUGGAGGAGCACCAGCGCCUCUUCACGCGCUCGGAGACGCUGGGCAUCGAGGUCUUCGUCAUCCCCGAGGCCGGGCUCUUCAUAGCAACCGCCAAUCGGAAGGCCACGUCCGCCAUCUACAAGUGGACCGACGGGAAGUUCGCCUCGUACCAGAGCAUCCGCACACACCAAGCGCAGUCCUGGAGGCACUUCACCAUCGGGAAGAAGAUCUUCCUGGCUGUGGCCAACUUUGACCCCAACGAAAAGGGCCAGGAGUUCUCCGUCAUCUACAAAUGGAGCCCGAGAAAGCUGCGGUUCACGCCCUACCAGAGGGUGGCCACCCACAGCGCCCGGGACUGGGAGGCCUUCGAGGUGGCUGGGGAGCACUUCCUGGCCGUGGCCAACCACAGGGAAGGAGAUAACCACAACAUCGACAGCGUCAUCUACAAGUGGAACCCUCGGACGCGCCUGUUCGAGGCCAACCAGACCAUCGCCACCUCCGGCGCCUACGACUGGGAGUUCUUCACGGUGGGGCCCUACUCCUUCUUGGUGGUGGCCAACGCCUUCAACGGCACGUCCACCAAGGUGCACUCCCACCUGUACGUCUGGCUGGUCGGCUCCUUCCGGCUCUUCCAGUCUUUCCUGACAUUUGGCGCCGCGGACUGGGAAGUCUUCCAUAUUGGAGACAGGAUCUUUCUCGCUGUUGCCAACAGUCACAGCUACGAUGUGGAAAUGCAAGUGCAAAAUGACUCCUACGUCAUCAACUCGGUCAUCUACGAGCUGAACGUCACCGCACAGACAUUCGUCAAGUUCCAGGAGAUCCCGACCUGCAGCGCUCUGGAUUGGGAGUUCUUCUCAGUGGGCGAAGAUUACUUCUUGGUGGUUGCCAACUCCUUUGACGGAAAUACCUUCUCAGUAAACAGUAUUAUUUACAGGUGGCAGGGGUACGAAGGCUUCGUGGCUGUGCACAGCCUCCCGACCUUCGGCUGCCGGGACUGGGAGACCUUCCGCACCACGGCCGGCUCCUACCUCGUCUACUCCAGCGCCAAGGAGCCCCUCUCCCGGGUGCUGAAGCUCAGGACAGGGUGAUGGGCCUGGCCCCCGGGAACAGGACCCACCUCACUGCACCCCGGAGCCCCCCGAGAAGCCCUGGAACCUCUGGGGAGAUGCUCCUCGCUUCCAGAGCUGCCGUCUCGCUGUCCUGGCCCUCCCCCAACUGGAGACGUCGGUCACCUCUCUGGUCUGGUGCCCAGCGUGGACAGAUGCCGGGGGCUCGUGGGUGUUCGCCCGGAAACCAGAGCUGCCCUGCGGGGGUGUCGCUUCACAGGAAAGUUCAUACAACUGUUUACCUCACACGCAGAAGCCGGGCACCUUCCCUGCGGCGUCCGUUUGGGGCCUGGCCACGCUGCCCUGGUUGUCGAGCCCAGACGGGGAGCAGGCGUGAGGCUGUCCUCCACGUUCAUGCAGCUAUUUAUUGUUCGUUGUCUACACUGAAAUAUAUU